AUCCUGACCGGCUUAAGGUUGACUUAGUCUUCUAUCCUUCUGAGCUCAUUAAAAUGAGGACCCAGAUUGUUGGGGGCAAUAUGCUAACUCUAUAAACCAUAUAAAGAGGCUUGUAAAGCACUGUGAAGCAGUAUAUAAGUGUCAGUGAUAUUGCUAUAACCAUUCAGACUGAAGUGGGGAAAAGGCUCAGUAAUGUAUCCAGCCAUUUUUCUGCACUGGAUAUGUCUUCUGCAUCUGCUCAAGGCUUUGCAAAGUGUGGGAUUGAAACCAUGUUGUGAUUCCAGUGGGUUAAGAGAGUUGGCAUUCCCUUUGGCCAGCAGAUGGAAGUAGAGAUGCAGGUAGAAAACAGAAAGUUGGCAUCAUAUGCUUCUGCCAUAACCUAAUAGCCUUGUAGCUUUCUUCUUCUGAAAAAAGAAUAACCGUAGGUUGCUCAUUCUUGAAAAAUUAAAGAAACACUGGCCUAAUUAUCCCUUCCAACACAAUGAUUUUUGGGAAUAUUAAUUCUCCUCAAGAAAAAAAAUGUUAGGUUGGCAAUCUAGAAGUUCAAAAGCGUGCAAAUGCCAGUAGAUAAAUAAGUACCAUUCCGGUGGGAAUCUUACUGCGUUUCAUAUUUUCAUGCUGGCUACAUGAUGACACAAAUGUCUCUCAAACAACGCAAGUUCCCUCUGCUGAGAAUCAGAGAUGAGCCCCCUCGAGUCACUCAUGACUAGACAAGGGAAAUCUUUAAACCUUUUUUUUUUUUUAAUAUUAAGUAUAUGCAUACUUUUCUGUUCAAAAAUAACUCUCAUUAGCUUAAAGAUGAACAAUCCACAACUGCAGUGCAGGUGGCUAGAUUCUGCACAGCAGCACUCGAGAAACACGUGUCUAAUCCACCACAGUGAUGUUGUAUAACAAAUGUGCACUGCUUUGCACUGCUUAUUCCUUUCCAGCCUGGAUUUUAGUUGUUAUUUAUUAUUUUAUACUGGAAUUUUUAAUUGUACGUUUAUUGAGUGUUUUUAUUUGUUCUGGUCUCUGGUCUAUGACUUUAAUAAACUGAAUGGAAUGGAAUGGAAUUGACUCUCAUUAACCAUAUUGUUUUCUGAUUGCUUAUUGCAGAUUUUAGGCCUCUUGAGAAAAAGCUCUGUAAGGCACCACACAUUGUGAGCUCUACAAAGGUAGAGGAUGCCAUGUCCAAAUGUUUUAUGCAAUCUGGACUGUAAUUUCAUCAGCCUUCAGUUUUCUGAAGCGUCCUCAAUUUUGUUGAUGAGUAACAGACACCCCAUCCCACCAAGGGGAUUCCAUGUGUUCAGUUGUGCCCAAAGGCCUCUGGAAUUAAUGGGACUCUGAGCCAGGGCUCUUUAAAGAAGAUUCUGCAAAUCUUCCCUCUGAGGUUCAACAGAAGCCAAGUAUAAUGGUACAUGGUGAAGGUGGAGUCAAAUUCCAGAACUGGGCUAGAACUUAUGGCUCCUCUCCAGAAAUGUAUUUCCAGCCAACAACAGUUGAUGAGAUCAGAGAGAUCUUGGCUCUGGCCAGGCAGAAAAGCAAGAAAGUGAAAGUGGUUGGUGGUGGACACUCCCCAUCAGACAUUGCCUGCACAGAGGAUUUCAUGAUCCAGAUGGGAAGGAUGAAUAAGAUCCUUGAGGUGGACAAAGAGAAGAAGCAAGUGACAGUAGAGGCAGGGAUUUUGCUCUCUCAUCUGAACGUGGAGCUGACCAAACAUGGUUUAGCUUUACCUAUUUUAGGAGCUGUGUCAGAUGUGGCAGCUGCUGGAGUCAUUGGAACUGGCACUCACAACACUGGCUUCAGCCAUGGCAUCUUGGCCACUCAGGUGGUAGCCAUGACACUGUUGACAGCUUCGGGGGAAAUCCUGGAGUGCUCUGAAACUAUGAAUCCUGAACUCUUCCGAGCAGCCUGUGUACAUCUGGGUUGUUUGGGCAUCAUUCUCACAAUCACUUUCCAAUGUGUCGCAGAAUUCUACCUGCAAGAAACCACUUUCCCUUCUACACUCAAGGAGGUUCUUGACAACCUAGAAAAUCACCUGAAGAAAUCUGAGUAUUUCCGCUUCCUUUGGUUCCCUCACAGUGAAAAUGUGAGCAUCAUCUACCAAGAUCAUACCAACAAGCCUCCCUCUUCCUCAGCAAACUGGUUUUGGGAUUAUGCCUUUGGAUAUUAUCUGUUGGAGUUCCUUCUUUGGAUCAGCACAUUCCUGCCCUUCUUGGUAUCUUGGAUCAACCGCUUCUUCUUUUGGCUCCUCUUCACUGGCAAAGUGGAAAAUGUGAAUUUGAGCUACAAAAUCUUCAACUAUGAAUGCCGAUUCAAGCAGCAUGUGCAAGAUUGGGCCAUUCCCAUUGAGAAAACAAAAGAUGCUCUUCUGGAGUUAAAAGAGAUAUUGGAGACGAAUCCCAAAAUGGUAGCCCAUUACCCAGUAGAAGUGCGCUUCACCCAAGGGGAUGACUUCCUCCUGAGCCCCUGUUUCCAGAGGAACAGCUGUUACAUCAACAUUAUUAUGUACAGGCCCUACGGGAAAGAUGUUCCACGCCUUAACUACUGGCUUGCCUACGAAGGAGUCAUGAAGAAGUUUGGAGGGAGGCCACACUGGGCAAAGGCCCAUACAUGCACCCGGAAGGAUUUUGAGAAGAUGUACCCAGGUUUUCAGAGGUUCUGUUGCAUUCGGGAGAAACUAGAUCCCAGAGGAAUGUUUCUGAAUACUUACCUGGAGAGAGUCUUCUAUUGAAGGAUAAAGUAGAGGAGGUGUUCAUGACAUGGACAAGCCCCUUACUAAGGAGUUCUCCAUUGGUUAUUGUUGAUGGAUGGAUAAACACUUAUUUGCUGGGGAUCUGAUUCCAAACCAAGCUGCUAAGAGCACAUUGCUUUUAUAAGUCCAUUUAAAUGUGUUGGGUAAAUAGAAAAAAAAAAUAACAGAAGGGGGAACAUUUUUGAAUCAAUUAAAAUAUAGUCCAAUGUUCCUCAUUUUCUUGAGAGGUACAAUAAAUAGUUGGACAAUGAUUGCCUUUUCCCAAUUCUUUAUUCAAAAUUAUGUUAUGACCCUCUGGGCAAUUCCGUACUGCUGCUGCUUCCAUUCCAUUCUCCAACUUUUAGAAAGAAUUACAUGAUUGGCAGUUGUCUUCAAACUGGUAUGCUAUUAUCAUCAGCCUUCUCUUUUCAGAUGCCAACCAUGUUAUCCCUAUAACACUAGCCAAUUGUAUGGCUGCAAUGAAAAUGAGGUAACAACUGAGACAAAAACCAAUUAUUUUGGGUUUAGAAAGUAUUCCAUAUUGGUAUUUUGGGAUUAGCUGAUCUUUGAUCUUAUAAAGGAGUGUUGCUAUUAUUUCAUAGGUGAAGGAAGUAUCCCCCUUUAGGCACAUGCAUGAUUUACUAGAACAUUGAUCUUCUGUCUGAAUGUAUAUAUUAGAUUUCUUUCUAAAAUAAAAUCCAGAUGGGUCCGCAAUUAAAAUUCACCUGUUUCUUAGAUGGCAUUAGAUUGUUUAAUUACAAUUAAAAGAAUUUUCAGGACUGAUGUAAAUUUCCUUAAUGAUUAUUUAAAUGUGCGCUGUAAAUGGAAUAGGGUUGGUAGUGGAGUGCUAGAUAAAGGAUGGACAAUUUUUGAAUGUAAGUAGAUGGUGGUUAUGCUUAAAAUCCUACAAGGUAGGCUCCAGCAGUAUGUGGAUCGAGGGCUACCAGAAGUACAGGCAGGAUUUCGAAGAGGCCAACAUAUGCUGGAUCAUGGAGAAAGCUAGGGAGUUCCAGAAAAACAUCUACUUCUGCUUCAUUGACUAUGGUAAAGCCUUUGAUUGUGUGGCUCACAACAAAUUGUGGCAAAUUUUUAAAGAGAUGGGCGUACCACACCAUCUUAUUUGUCUCUUGAGAAACCUGUAUGUGGGUCAAGAAGCAACAGUGAGAACUGGACACGGAACCACUGAUUGGUUCAAAAUUGGGAAAGGAGUCAUUAAGGAUGUAUACUAUCGCACUGCCUAUUUAACUUAUAUGCAGAGCACAUCAUGAGAAAAGCGGGGCUGGAUGAAUCAAAAGUUGGAAUUAAGAUUGCAGGGAGAAAUAUCAACAACCUCAGAUAUGCAGAUGGGAGAGGUUAAGAGGCUUGAAAUCCUCCUUCACACCAGCAGACUCACUGGGCCUCCCGGCCUCAGCAAAGAGGCAACUGACAAUUCCCUACUUGUGAAGAUUCUGGCACCUUCCUUUCUUCCCAUAAGGAAUUCCAAUAGAGGAACCAGCUCUACUGAAUGCCUGACAAAUCAGGAGGUCCCAACAAGGCACCAUAGACAGGUGAAAAAAUCAUUUUUACAAUCCUCGAUAAGAGAAUUGCUCUGCAGUACUCUCUUUGUCAUGUGCUCUGAUAUCUGCCAUAGUUCGUAAUCUUCUUUUCCAACCCUCAUAUCUGCCCUUUUGGCAGAGCAGCCUGUGAGCUUAGUCAGCCCUGAGCUUGCAGGCAUUUACAAUUGGGAUCUGUGGCUUAUUUACAAGGUAUCUGGUGUUUUAACUUUCAACUGAAAUCCUGCUGAGGAUGUCACCUAGACUGGGGCCAAAACU